AUGAUUCCAGUGAAGACCCCGCCAGCUGCCACACCUUGCAUAGAUCUACAGAUCCACUACCUGGACUCUUAUCCUCCCAACCCUUUCAUGGGUGAACCAUUGGCUGGUAGGACCAUUGCCGGAAUUCCUAGAGGGUACUGGAGCUUUUCCUGGGUAGCCGAGGACGACCUGAGCUUUCCCAGCGACUCCAUGCCCGCAUCAGAUCACCAAUGUCCUGGCAGAACCUGUGAUCAGCACCUGGAAAGUACCCCAGAGUUCACAUGGAGCAUAGUGGCUGACGGAGACCUGCGGGAGGAAAGAAACGAGAAAAACGAAAAGAAGGCAGGAAGUCCCCAGGGUUGGGAGGAAGGUAAGAACGAAGGUCAGUUCCUCUGGGUGAACAGUUCAGCCUUUGGUGGUCCCUGGGUGCUGAGUCCUUGGCUGUGGGGGGGCCAGGGUCAAUGUAGUCUGGACAUGGCUGUGUUCUUCCACCCCAAGCAAAGUGGGAAGUACACCAUAUGGUUUAUAGAGCGGGACAAACCUCCACUUGCCCUCUUCUCCACUGACACGCUGCCACGCAUCACAGGCUGGGCAGUGGUCCACCUCACCCUGGGGACCCACGGAGGAUCUCCUUUUCGAGUCUCGGCCAGCUACGAUCAGCGGAUUCCACAGGAUGACACAGCCACCAUCGAGCCCCACUUCACCACCAACUGCACCAUGGUGUCCUCACCCGGCCCUAACAUCACACUGGACGGCCAGUACCACUGUCACCAGGGGCCUGGGAUCCCACUGGACAAACUAUGCGACUUCAACACAGACUGUCCACUCGGCGAUGACGAAGGCGACCUAUGUCGUCAUUUUCUCAAUGGCAGCUACUGCUCUUUUGAAGAGGGCGAGUGCAGUUGGCAGUCAAUAACUGGCCGCAGCCUCUACUGGAGAAGACUCCAGUCACCAGCCAAGGCUACCAGACAGGGCUGCCCGUCAUCAGGUGCUACAUUCACUGUGGAAGGCCAGUCCAAAGGCCAGCGUGGCUCAGCAUUACUGAGGAGUCCUCUCUUUCCUCCUCCUCUAAGAAACUCCCCGUGCACUGUGCGAUUCUGGAUGUGUUCUGGAGGCUUACAGAAGGGGUCACUGUCUUUAUGGAUAGUGGAGAACAGUACAGGCCCUGAGGAGCAGCGCAGACUGUGGCAUUCAGCCAGUGAACCCAAAUCUGAAAGGGGAUGGAAAUUCAUCGUACUUCCCCUUUAUGGACUGGCAGACUGGUUCUGGCUGCAGUUCAGCACAGAAGAUGGACCUGGACGCGGUUCAGCCAUCUCUCUUGACAAUAUCUCUUUUAGUAUGGACUGCUUCCUGGCAUCUAACGGCGAGUUUCCACCAGUGAUCACCAGCACAACCAAGAUGACGCCCCCGUCCAAUGGAAGCCCUCUGUGUAAGUCCAAAAAAUGGAUUUUUCAUACCUGUGGGGCUGUGGGACCUGAAGGCCCAACUCCCACUCAGUGCCUCAACUCCUACAGGAACAGCAACGUCAACGUGACAGUAGGCACCCGAGGGCCCUUCAAAGGCAUUCAGAUGUGGCGGGUCCAGGAAACUGGCACCUACAGGAUCACAGCCUACGGCGCAGCUGGCGGUCGAAGCGUAAUGGCCAUGAGCAGGUCACAUGGUGUCUACAUCACAGGGGACUUCCUACUGAGGAAGGGCGAGCUGCUUUACAUCCUGGUGGGACAGCAAGGAGAGGAUGCAUGCCCCAAUUCCAACGGUAUGCUGAAUAAGAUCUGCCUGGAACAGAGCAGCCCGAUGGUGAACAAAACACAAGUGAAAGGGGGCGGAGGAGGAGGUGGCGGGGCUACGUAUGUGUUUAAGGUGGACAAAGGACUGUACAUCCCCCUCAUCAUUGCUGCUGGGGGAGGUGGACGUGGCUACAGCAGCCAAUCAGAGACCCAGCUGGAGCAGAGGGACUAUGAUCCCAGCCAACCGGGACGCAACGGGAAGUCAAAUGCUGCAGGUGGAGGCGGAGGUUGGAACGACAGUGCUCCCAUCAGUCAGGGUGGCAAACCGCUGGUGCUGGGAGGUCAGGGAGGACAGGCCUGUCAAAAGUUCUGGCAGACCCACGGCGGCUUCGGGGGUGGCGGGGGUGGCUGUAUGUCCGGGGGCGGCGGUGGAGGCUACAGAGGUGGUAACACCUCCAUAGAUAACAAUACCAAACAUGACGGUGACGAUGGCACGUCCUUCCUUGGCCCCGAGGGAGAGCUCUUCCUCUUUCCUCUGAAAGCUAUGGAAGGGGAUGGUGAGGUGAUCAUUAGUCCAGUGCCGAACUGCAGCCAUUGUGUGAGCGGUGAAUGCUACGAGAUCCAGGACAGUGUCCUCUGCUACUGUGAUGAUGACCUCAUCCUGGCACCAGACGGUGUGUCCUGCAUCAACACUACAGAGGUAAUCGUGCUGACUCCCCAGCCGUCUCUCUCCCACCUGGCGCUCGGUCUGUCCGUGGGCACCUCGGCCCUCAUCGCCGCCCUGCUGCUGGCCGUGUCCGGAGUCAUGAUAAUGUAUAGGCGUAAACACACAGAGCUGCAGUCUAUUCAGCUGGAGCUGCAGAGUCCAGACUGCAAGCUCAGUAAGCUGCGGGCCUCCACCAUCAUGACCGACUACAACCCCAACUACUGCUUCGCCGGCAAGACGGCAUCGGUAAAUGACCUGAAGGAAGUACCGCGACGUAAUAUCUCCCUCACCAGGGGUCUGGGUCACGGUGCUUUCGGUAAGCUCUACGAAGGGCUGGCAGUGGGGAUACCAGGUGAACCAAGUCCACUGCAAGUGGCAGUCAAGACCCUUCCAGAAGUUUGCUCUGAGCAAGAUGAAUUGGACUUCCUCAUGGAGGCUCUAAUAAUCAGUAAGUUUAGCCACCAGAACAUUGUGCGUUGUGUAGGAGUGAGUCUGCAGGCCAUGCCCAGGUUCAUCCUGCUGGAGCUGAUGACUGGUGGAGACCUCAAAACGUUCCUGAGGGAGACCAGACCCCGGCUGGAGCACCCGUCCAGUCUGACCAUGGUGGACCUUCUCAAUGUGGCCAGAGACAUCGCUAAGGGCUGCCAGUAUCUGGAAGAGAACCAAUUUAUACACAGGGACAUUGCUGCUCGGAAUUGCCUACUGACCUGCAAAGGACCGGGCCGUGUGGCCAAGAUUGGAGAUUUUGGGAUGGCUCGAGACAUUUACAGGGCGAGCUAUUACAGGAAGGGUGGGCGUGCCAUGCUGCCAGUGAAGUGGAUGCCACCUGAAGCCUUCAUGGAGGGCAUCUUCACAUCUAAAACAGACACAUGGUCAUUUGGGGUUCUGCUGUGGGAGAUCUUCUCCUUGGGCUACAUGCCAUAUCCAAGUCGCAGUAACCAGGAAGUGUUGGAGUUUGUAACCAAUGGUGGAAGAAUGGACCCACCUAAAAACUGCCCUGGACCAGUGUACCGUAUAAUGACUCAGAGUUGGCAGCAUCAGCCUGAAGACAGACCCAACUUCUCAACUAUCCUGGAGAGAAUUGACUACUGCUUACAGGACCCUGAUGUGGUGACCAUGCCCCUGCCUAUAGAGUACGGACCUGUUCCUGAAGAGGAGGAGCGUGUACCCAUGCGCCCUGAUGACCCCUCAGCUCCGACCGUGCUGGUGAAUGCCCAGGUGCCUGAUGGGGAGGCUCCACAGCCGCCCCCAUCCUAUCCUUCAGAGGAGAACCGGAGAGGUGGGGAGCAGAGUGUGGUGACUAGCACAGCGUUGGAGGCCAAAGCACAGAUGUCAGCCCAGCCCCAGCCAUACCUGCAACAGCACCAACAGCCUCCAACGCAGACCUCCAUCACCAUGACAACCACUAACACAGUGACCUCCACAUCCACCGCUACACUCACUGCCAAGGGACCUCAUGUCACUACCCAGCCCAGCGCUGAGGGGGGCCACAUCAACCUGGCGUUCACCCAGGGACACCCACCAGAGAAGGAGGGCCACAACGGGAAGAACACCAGUCUCUGGAACCCGACAUACGGCUCGUGGUUCCUGCAGCAGAGGAAGCAGCAGCAGCAGCAGCAGAGGCAGGCAGGGGUGGGGGGAGCAGGAGGGAGCAGUGGAAGGGUGCCUGGCGAGGGGCAGGAGCACAUGGGCCGGACUGUGGCUGAGAUGGCAGGGGCGCUGGGCCUCCAGCACCAGCACAAGCAGUUCCAGCAUCAGCUCCAGCAGCAGCACCAACUCCAGCUGCUGCACCACCAGCAGCAGCAGCAGCAGGGUCUUUGCAGACCUCUGUUACCCCCACCACCACCUCCUGCUGCCCAGUCACCUCUGCUUUUAGAUUCAGCCGCAUUGCCCCCAGUACCCCUCUACAGACUGAGACGAUUCCCCUGUGGGAACAUCGGUUACGGCUACCAGGAGCAAGGCAUGCCGCUGGAGGCCACCCACGGUAACCCCAACCCCCCUCCUCCACCCCAGCAGGGCACCUCCAUGCCCUCCUCAACAGCCCAUUCAAGGGGGGCCUCCAUUCCCACGUCAGUGUCCCUGAGUCGGUCAGCUAUGUCCGAGGACAGCCGUCCACUGCUAGUCACCAUGGGGACGGUACAGGACCCCAGGCUUCCCAGGUUGGAGGGCCACAACGCCACCGUGCUUUAGCCCAAAUGCCUGUACCGCUGGUCAUUUUUUCAGGUCCUGUCUUUGGAGACUGUGUGUUCAGGACACAUAGCAGGAAACACUGUGUCAGGACAAAGACCAUUUUACACCACCCCUACCGUCCCACCAUUUUGGUUUCUUCUUCCAAUGUGGAAAGAACCCAUCUAGCUGAAAGAAAGCUUUUCCCAUGAGGUGUGUUAAAAUUCCCAAUGGAUGCUAAAGCACAUCAGAGAACUAAAAAAAAAAGCUUUGGGAGGCAAAAUGUAGAGUAAAGGCUAGUUUUGAGAGUUUAAAAAAUGUAUUUUUUCAACACUGGAGGGUUUCUGACAGAGAGAUACUGAGAAAGAAUCAGAUGGAGAGUUUAUGGCACAGGAAGACAACUUUCCAUCUGGUAGAGACCAGGAGGGAGCACAUAUGCCAUGUGUUCAUUGACAGCUGAGGAUGUCUCUUGUCUAUGAGAACGGACUAUUAGAAAGAUUCAAAUCUCUAUAUUUUGCCAGACUUUCAUUCACAAACUUUGGUGACCAGUUUGACUGUAGCAUCUGCAAAGUUGUCUGCAGCUGCCAGCUACACGUGUCAGUUCUACUGCAGAGUCCUCACACUGUUCCUCACCCACAUCCUUUUGGAAAACAACAGUGCGGUAAAUUACUUGUAUCAGACUAUUUUUCAAGAAUAUCACAGAGUUGGACACUGGGUUACCAGAGACAUUUAUAUGACAA